AUCGUUCUGGUGUUGAAUGAAUCCCUUUUUAUUUUUUUUUUGUUUUUCUUUUGAGUUUCUUCAUUCAUACUACUACUACUCUCUCGGGGGCCCUUGACUUUUUUCUUCUUUUUAACAUUUAUUCUUCUCGUGUUUGCUUUUGUCUUUCUUUUUGGUCCUUUCACUGUUUCUCUGUCGUGAAUCCCAAGCUCGCGCAACCUUUGACGUCUUUUCCUCUUCUGGGAUUAUUACUUUACCCUCGCUCGUGUUCUUGGAUCAAAGUCUCGAGAUUUUUUUUUCUUUAAAACUGGUUCUCAAACUCGGUGGGCAUGAUCUUUCCGACAGCUUUACCUUGAGGUCUGUCUUUUUUUAUCUGGAGGAGUUAGUUAUGGGGAGUUUUUGCUCCAAGAGCCUCGGAAUCAACUUCGGCAGUGAGUAUUCAGGUUCAAGCGUGGCUGAUGAUGCCCGAGAACCCGAGUUUGCCUACCAACAACAACAACAACCAAUGGGUCCUCCCGGUACAAGACAGUCUAUGGUUAAAGACUCUGCUAAAGAACAGCCAAUACAGCUGAAAGAUAUGUUCUCUUUCCGAGAAAGAGAAGCCGAAGAUGAUACCUACGAUGGGAUUCCAAGGUUACCAUCUCAGAAACUCCGGCCUGCGAAAUCCACUCAAACCGCUGUCUCCAAGGUUACGGAAGUAGGCAGGGCGGGGUUAGGUAAAGCGAAGGAUGUUUUGGAUACUCUCGGGAGUAGCAUGACUGAUCUCAGCAGCGGCGGUUUCACUUCCGGAGUUGCGACCAAAGGCAAUGAGCUUGGGAUCUUAGCCUUUGAGGUAGCCAACACUAUCGUCAAAAGCUAUAAUCUCAUUGGAUCGCUUACUAAGGAGAGCAUCACGCACUUGAGAGAAACUGUUCUUUGUUCCGAAGGUGUUCAGAAUCUUGUCUCGAAUGAUUUUGAUGAACUCAUGAGAGUCGUUGCUGCUGAUAAGAGGCAGGAGCUGCAAGUUUUCUCUGGAGAAGUGGUUCGGUUUGGUAACCGAUCUAAAGACUUCCAGUGGCAUAAUCUACAGCGCUACUUUGACAAGAUCAUCAAAGAGUUAACUCCUCAAAGGCAGUUGAAUGAAGACGCUGUCUUAGUUGUUGACCAGCUGAUGGCUCUAGUGCAGUAUACUUCUGAACUGUACCAAGAACUCCAAGUGUUGGAUAAAUUGGAGAAAGACUAUGAGCAAAAGCGCCGAGAAGAAGAGAACUCAGCUAGCAGCAGUAAGGGUGAUGGCCUUGCAAUCCUAAAAACGGAGCUCAAGUCCCAGAGAAAGGUAGUGAAAAGCUUAAAGAAAAAGUCCUUGUGGUCUAGAGGUCAUGAAGAGGUGAUGGAGAAGCUAGUAGACAUUGUUCAUUUCUUGUUGCUAGAGAUUCAUAAUAUCUUUGGUGGUGCUGAUGAUCAACCAGGGAAGAAAGGAGCAACAGAUCAUGAUAGAAGAUUGGGACCUGCUGGUCUUGCUUUACAUUAUGCAAAUAUAAUUAUGCAGAUUGAUACACUUGUCGCUCGUUCAAGCUCUAUAACUUCAAAUGCAAGGGAUUCUCUAUACCAAAGCUUGCCACCUGGUAUAAAACUGGCUCUUCGUUCCAAGAUCAAGUCCUUCAAUGUCGAUAAAGAGCUUUCGGUUACACAAAUUAAAGACGAGAUGGAGAGGACACUGAAUUGGCUUGUCCCUAUUGCAGCCAACACAACCAAAGCUCAUCAUGGUUUUGGUUGGGUUGGAGAAUGGGCAAAUACAGGGACUGACUUCACUAGUGGUGGAGAUAUACUACGCAUCGAAACACUCUAUCACGCUAGUAAAGAAAAAACAGAGAUCUACAUUCUUGGACAGAUCAUUUGGUUACAACAUUUGGUUACAAAAGUAAAGAGUGAAGCUCGAGGAGGCCCUAGGCUUUCUUCUAUCAAGUCUCCAUUCACUUCUGCAAACCAGCAAUUGGCAUCUGAACCACUCAGCAGUGUCCCGUUAGUAACAGAUGAGGAACAAAAGAUGUUACAAGAAGCAAGCAAAAGUAAGAAGAGGACUCCAUGUGUUAGCAAGAGCCAUGAUUUUGAUUCCGAGUACUCGCGUGUGAGGAAGUGUGACCCUUUGAGCAAAAGCAGUGACUAUAUGCGUGGAGUGAGAAGAAGCAAAUCAGCUGCUGUGAAGAGGUUUUCUUCUGGUUUUCCACUUCUUGAUUUUGUUAUCGAUAAGGAAAAAGCGUUGGAUGUUAUUGAUCGUGUUGAUGUGCCGAGAGAUUACAGAGCAUUGUUGAAAGAAGGUAGCUUAAGCUUCUAAUGGAGAGUGGUUGGCUUCUGGUUCAUGUGUUUGGUUGUAUAUAAAAAAGCAUAAGAGAAUGCUAUGGCAGAAGCUGUUAGUGUGAUACGUUGUUAGAUCGUUUACAAUAUUUCAAUUCAA